AUGAACGGCUCCCAGGACGCCAGCGCAUCGGCGCAGGCCGCCGUCUUUGUGCAGUCGCAGCCGCUGCCCGAGGGGACGCCCACCAUCCAGGGUCCGGACUUUGACCAGCAGGAUCCCAACGACCUCGCCGCGCUCCUCGGCUCCAUGGCCAAUGUCGGAUUCCAGGCCUCGGGCGUCAGCCGCGCCAUCGACAUCAUCGACCAGAUGCGGUCCUGGCGCCUCUCGACCGACCCGGCCUACCUCGACUCGACCGACCCGGCCUACCUCGACUCGACCGACCCGGACAAGCUGCCCCUCGACGAGGCCAGCCAGGUCGGCUGCCGCAUCUUUCUCGGCUUCACGUCCAACCUCGUCUCUUCGGGCCUCCGCGAGGUCAUCAAGUUCCUCGUCAAGAACCGCUACGUCUCGGCGCUCGUCACCACCGCCGGCGGCAUCGAAGAGGACCUGAUCAAGUGCCUGGGCCCCACGUACCUGGGCGACUUUAGCCUCGACGGCGCCACGCUGCGAAAGCGCGGCCUCAAUCGCAUCGGCAACCUGCUCGUGCCCAACGACAACUACUGCAAGUUCGAGGACUGGGUCAUGCCCAUCCUCGACCGCAUGCGCCAAGAGCAGGGCGACGACGUCGCAAACGCCUGGUCGCCCAGCCGCGUCAUCCAGCGCCUGGGCCGCGAGAUUAACGACGAGAGCAGCAUCCUCUACUGGGCCGCCGUCAACGACAUCCCCGUCUUCUGCCCCGCCCUCACCGACGGCUCGCUCGGCGACAUGCUCUACUUCCACUCGUACAAGAACCCGGGCCUCACCAUCGACCUCGUCAAGGACAUCCGCAGGCUCAACGACCUCAGCGUCAAGGCGCCAAAGGCCGGCAUGAUCAUCCUCGGCGGCGGCGUGUGCAAGCACCAGAUCGCCAACGCCAUGCUCUUCCGCAACGGCGCCGACUUUAGCGUCUACAUCAACACCGGUCAGGAGUUUGACGGGUCCGACUCGGGCGCCCGCCCCGACGAGGCCGUCAGCUGGGGCAAGAUCAAGAGCGCCGCAAACGGGGGCCAGAACGUCAAAGUGUACUGCGACGCCACCAUCAUCUUCCCCAUGAUUGUCGCAGCCACCUUUGCAAAGGGCCACUGGCAGGCCAAGCGCGCCGGCCUCGAGGCCAAGUGA